UUGGCUGCUUGAUUAUAAAUAAAGGGCACUCCUCUGCUAAAGAAGCACACAGCAGCAAGCAUCUCCUUCUCAAACUAGUAGUAUUAUUCUUCCAUUCCGUUCUACAUAUAAUCAUUCAUAAUGGGUGUUUUCACAUUCGAGGAUGAAAUCAACUCCCCUGUGGCUCCUGCUACUCUUUACAAGGCCCUGGUUACAGAUGCCGACAACGUCAUCCCAAAGGCUCUUGAUUCCUUCAAGAGUGUUGAAAACGUUGAGGGAAAUGGUGGCCCAGGAACCAUCAAGAAGAUCACUUUCCUUGAGGAUGGAGAAACCAAGUUUGUGCUGCACAAAAUAGAAAGCAUUGAUGAGGCGAACUUGGGAUAUAGCUACAGCGUGGUUGGGGGUGCUGCAUUGCCAGACACGGCGGAGAAGAUCACAUUCGACUCCAAAUUGGUUGCUGGUCCCAAUGGAGGGUCUGCUGGGAAGCUCACUGUCAAAUACGAAACAAAAGGAGAUGCUGAGCCCAACCAAGACGAACUCAAAACUGGAAAAGCCAAGGCUGAUGCUCUCUUCAAGGCCAUUGAGGCUUACCUUUUGGCCCAUCCCGAUUACAACUAAUCCUCUUCAACUUACUUGUUAUCACUUUCUUGCUUUUUCUUGCUUGGAGACUUAUCCAAUCACUCUGUGCUCAACUUAAGUUGCCUUACAAUGUAUCCAGUCUUUCCUUUCUUCUUUCCUUUUCCCAUAUAAUCGUGAGACUUAUGAUAUAUCUGUGUCUCACUUCAUCAAUAAUAAAUUAUAAUAAAGAAGAGCAAUCAUUACAACUUUUGUUUCUCU